UCGUCAUUGACCUAUGGCGAAGUGGAGCCAGGCGCUCAAACAGAAAAGUGGGACAGUGACGGCCGUUCCGAGUUCCUCCUAGGCAACUGUCCGAGCGCCCGAGAGAAGCUGAUGUGAUGGCGCUGCAGGGCAACGAAGCCGGCGCGUUAUACGGUCAGGAGGACAACCCGCAGUACGGAGCACCCGGGGCGUUAUACGGUCAGGAGGAUAACCCGCAAGACGGAGCACCCGGCGCGUUAUACGGUGAGGAGGAUAACCCGCAAUACGGAGCACCCGGCGCGUCAUACGCUCAGGAGGAUAAUUCGCAACACGGUGCACCCGGCGCGUCAUACGCUCAGGAGGAUAAUCCGCAAUACGCAGCACAGAGCGAUCGGAAUGUGCCGCAGUCAGGCAACAGCACAGCGAAAGAGACGGGAAGGGCUGCCUCUCAAAGAGGUCUACGUCCUACGAUACUUGUGCUUUCUGUGGUGGUGAUUGUUGUUGUGGCAGCUACGCUGGCACUUAUCACCUUCCCUGAAAUCCUAGGAAAAUCACGCGAUGAUGAGAGCGAAAGUAAUGGUGCCGGCGCAGAGCAGAUAUCGUACUCUGACUCAUCUGACAUCACUGGCACCACUCCUGUACAUGGUCCCAAGCCUGAAUGUUUCCUUCUAUGUGUAACCGAGAGGCCGGACCCCGAUGACAUCGACUGGAGUAGGUUCAUCGAUCGGCCGCUCCCAAAAGACCUCUGCAACAUCAUCUUCUACAGCCUCGAUAAAAAGAGUGAUAACAUCUUCAAGAACAAAGUUCCAUCCGGACAUGCUUUUACAAAGUUUCAGGAAUACGGAAAACGCAUUAUCAGUUCCAACUUCGGCAUCGACAUUUCAAUCUACCAUGCUAAGGAUACCAACCGCCGCCUUCAGGAAAAGGAAGGGACCGAUGCUUUCCACAGGUACUGGGCCAUGGGUUUCAAGAACUUUGCCGUUCUGGACAUGGAGCUGUCCCCACGAUCUGAGAGGAAGGACUACGGGGACGUGAAGGCUCUCCUGUCGACAUUGAAGAGCAAGGUACACGGCAAGAUGGGCAUAUUUAUUGGCAUCUCUGUCCUCCUCAAGAGCGACGACUCCUACGGCAAAGGGACAGAUAUCUUCAAUGAACUGGUCAGCACAACAGAUCCGGACGGCGUCCUUCUUCGCACCACGUAUCGCGAUUCCUUCUCCCCAGAUAAAUGCGCCUUAUGUGGAUCAUCAGUCUGGGCCAACGCACUUCUUCCUGAACAACCUUCAUUCGAGGGGACACUAGAGUUCAUGCAACACGUCCGAAUUUCACCAAAAGUCAUGAAAUUUCUCUCGUUCACCAUGGCUGGGCGAGGAUCAUACGCAAAAGUAGGCGAUUGGAAUCUUUCCGCAACAUGCUACAGUUCGAAGAGAUCGCAACCAUCACAAGUGGCAUGUCCAGGCGGUGCUUAUACGUACGAUAUAAAUAAACCUGGUGUUUCGAAAGUGCACAGCGCAUGGAUGGAGCGCAUGGCCAAAGGGGCAGACAGCAUACACAUCUUCGAAUGGAAGGAGACGAUCUCCAAAAAGAUAUGCUGGGCGUACAACGUCUACGGCUUCGAGGAAGGCUUCGUAGUGUUCGACUUCGGUCACGACGUCCUGAACGAUUGUGCGAGCCCGAAGUCGAACAAAGGAUUUGGCUCCAUUUUUCAAAUUGUGGACAACAUGACAACACGCCGCAGAAGAUGCAAAGAUGUCGAGCCACCUGACACGUGGAGACGUAACUUCCAGCACGUGUUAAAAUAAAUCAUCUUCGCUGCUGUGUG